GAAAAAUCACCCAACGCUAUUAGCAUUGACAGUACAGGCUAAGCUACGGAUACGCGAAUGCUACAGUAAACGUUACCGCUUUGUGUAGAGACAGAGGCGACCAUGUAGUGAAACAAUGGGCGUGAAAUUGGCCAUGAAACCGUAUUCGUGACAGAUAUUUCACUACUUUGUGCCAAAAAAGAGGGAAGAAGCGACUUAAGAUGAAGAGCCAUCGAGCGGGUGUUAUCCUAACGUUAUGGGUGCUCGUAGAGUGUAUAGAGGCUAAGAAGUACUGCUGGUAUUUUCAGGAAGGAUACCCCACUUACUUCAUAUGUCGCUCGUAUGAGGACUGCUGUGGAACUCGCUGCUGCGUCCGAGCGCUCUCCAUCCAGAGGCUCUGGUACUUCUGGUUGCUGCUGAUGAUGGGCGUGCUCUUUUGCUGUGGAGCUGGCUUUUUCAUUCGCCGACGCAUGUACCCAUCUCCUCUCAGUGAAGAGCCUGCCUUUAACGUGUCUUUCACCAGACAGCCUGUCAGCACACCAGUCUCUCAGCAGCCUGGUAUUCAGGGAUAUGGUGACCCCGGUGGUGCCAUGACGAUGCCUCUAGCCCCUGCUUACCCAGGCCAGCCCAGUACAGCCCACAUGAUGAGCUCCUACCCACCGCCGCCAUCCUACUGCAACCACCCCCCUCCCUCUUAUGACCAGGUCUUCAAGACCACUGAGAAAAAGUAGGCUUGGGCCACACAACAGCACGGCGCACCAUACCAGAUCACUGGUUUGAGUUGGGACGAUACUACACCGCUCAACAGCUCCAGCGCCCUAGGUGGCCCUCCAGUAGUGGAUACUGAGAUUUUUCAUUUUUUUUCCCCUCCAUUUGUAUGCUUCUUUUAGGACAUGAUCAGUUUCUCCCCUGACCCCCCUGUUCAUUGUUCAACAUUGUAGAGCUGCAUCAUAGCCAUGUAUUUAAUCAGACCCCUUCACAUAAGUGAAGAAACUGAACAUUUUUGAAAGGGAGGACAUGGCAGAAUAUGAAUGAACAGCAUGUGAUCCAGAACAGCCCUAAUCAAGUUUCACAGGAGGAACGGAGAGGAGCCAAGUGAUUGAUUGCACCACCCUGAAAAGAAAACAGCAUUAAGUCUAACCUCGUCUCAAUCAUUUGAUUUGAUGGAAGGAAAUGUCCAAGUUGACUUUGAAGCACACUUCCCCUUCCCUAAAAUCCACUGACACGGUCCGUCCAGGCGAUUUGGUGGCCUGGCAAAUGGAGGCUCUGUCCUUGGAACACACUGUGCCACUAAUGGACUGAGCAUUUUAACUGUGUUUUAACUCUGUCAGUGGUAUAAAGAGGACCUCUGCUGGCAUCAACAAUAACCCUUGUGCUGAAACCAAGCAUUUGGUUUUCCUACAGAAGAAAAAGGCAAUCGAGCAGCUGUUAUAGGAACCAAGCUGUGGCUUUUUAAAUGAAAUCAAGGACAAAGUACAUCUCCUCUCUUAAUCUACCCUCCCACCAAAGCCAUGUGAUUAAACCUCUCUGUUACACGCCAGGGUGUCCGAUUUUUGUAAGCACAGUUUUGUAAGCACAGUCGAGGUCUAUUCCAAGUUGGUUUCAUUGAAGAAGAAAAAUGCCCAGAGCACAGGUCCAGGGAGACCCCAUGUCAUUCAGAUCAUUGCCACUCAGACAACCUGGAAUAAAAUUUGAGCCAUUAAAAAUAAAUAUUGUUACUUCUGUUUUAAUCAUUGGUCUCUGCAAGGCAGGUUGAAUUAAUCCUAGUGCGUUCAGGACUUCUAGCAGGCUGUUUGUUUUUUGAGACUUAUUUGGAGCGAAAGAUGUCAUUCACUCAGUAGCACAUUUCUGUUGGAUUUAGGCAAGACCUAGAAUAAACUGAGUUGUCUGACAUACCUGCCUCUAAAUGAAGAAGAUUCCCCAGAAUGUUUUGGAGAAAAAUGCAGCAGCCCUACACAGAACCACAGCUAAAAACUGCAUUCAAUUAUUGGGCUCUUUUCACAGUAACACGUCACCUUUCUUUAACAACAGCUACCAUGAGGAGACAAGCAUGCCAAGAAGAUGCUUAGCAUUUAAUAGCAAGCCAUUUGGAUGCUGCAAGCUGGUUUAAUAUUAACAUUUCAAUUUAAUGAUGAGCCUGAGGCCAACUGAAUGUUUCUAGCCCAGUAAAUCCUAAGUAGCACAGUUCAGGAGUUCUUUGAGUGUUUUGGAGGAGAGAUUUCAAAAGUGCUAGCAUGAGUAAAUGUGUUUUAGAAAUGUUUAAUGAUGAGUAGCAUCUGUGUUAGGACUGAAAUCUGGAAAUUAAAGUUUUGAUCAGUGCAUUGUAUGCUAGUUUUGCCCAUGUUGAUUAUGUAAACUUAUGUUCAUGGCUAUUCUAUGCAAAUGAAAGACAGGGUCAGUUUGCUAUGAGUAUGAUUUGUUUAGGUGUUAUAGUUGGUUGGUGCUUUGCUCUAAUUAUGGUACCAGUGUAUCAGAUUUGGCUAGAAACACAUGUAAUAACUGGAAAAGUGACAAUGAGUGUUUCUCUUGACUUCAGCAAUGACAGUGAGGUCGACUUAGCUUUCCGUCCUUUGUCUAAAAUAAUGAUGGACAGAACACUGUACUUCAAAAUAUGACAAUUCUGAUGUUAACUGUCAUGUUGUAUCCAGUAAACAGUCAUUGAAAUGUCAGUAUCUAUGAAAUAAUGUAACUCGAUGUCAGAGGACACCAGUUCAUCAUGAAUACAGUAAUAAACCUCCCUCUCAUUCUCCCCA